AUGGCGGACUCGAUUGGCAUGAGACGGGAACAGCUCGGAAAGUGUAAAAUUCGUGAUAAGUGUGAAUUAAUGUGUUAAACUCGCCCCGCAACAGCCCGUAAAAAACAUCCGAGUUGUCGUGCAACACUGAUUACCGCUGAUAACACUAAUAACUCAACGUCGCAGUCAAUCCCGAAUAGCGAAAGGUGACUUGCACGAACGAAAUGAAUGUUGCUGGAUCCAUGCAUUUUCCUGAUGAAUUGAGAAUACCAAGUGCUAGUACCAUUAUUGAUUAUCAACCAACUACGCAUAAACCAAGUCUUCGUUUUUGAAAUUCAAUUUUUUUAUUUUCUCUCGAACGCACUCAUCAAAGUCAGCCCUAUUUUUUUCUCCACGUUCUUCUGAUCUCGAGGAGAAAAAAAUCAAAGCUUCUUCCCCCCUGGAGGAGUGGAUUUAGAGAAUAUUCAACAGUUUAUUCAAAGAAAUGGCAACGAUGGCUGGUGGAGAGUACACGUCCGUCAAAGACUUCUACAGAGGAAGAUCAAUUUUCAUUACUGGUGGAACUGGGUUUAUGGGCAAAGUCCUGGUGGAGAAGCUGUUGAGAUCCUGCCCAGGGAUUAAAAAUAUUUAUUUAUUAAUGAGACCGAAGAAGAGUCAAAGUGUUACGGAGAGGUUACAGGAGCUUUUGAAUGCACCGCUUUUCGAUAAACUUCGUCGUGACAGUCCUCACGAGCUGACGAAAAUUGUACCCAUCGCGGGCGAUGUAACAGAGCCAGAAUUAGGAAUAUCUGAGCCUGACGAGGAGACCCUCACGAGACACGUGUCCGUGGUUUUUCAUUCAGCAGCAACAGUCAAGUUUGACGAAGCUCUCAAGCUAUCUGUCAUGAUCAACAUGCUGGGAAGUGUGAAACUGGUGCAUCUCUGCCAUCGCAUGGUCAACUUAGAGGCUCUGAUACACGUGUCAACAGCCUACUGCAACUGCGACCGUACGGACGUAUCAGAAUCAAUUUAUCCACCGCCUCAGGAUCCUGAGCAGGUGAUAGCCUGCACAAGGUGGAUGAAUGACAAACUAAUCGAGGAAUUGACGCCAAAAUUGAUCGACGGUCGGCCAAACACCUACACAUUUACAAAAGCCCUUGCGGAGACAAUGUUGCAGGGUGAGAGUGGAACACUUCCAGUUGCCAUUGUCAGGCCGUCAAUCGUGCUGUCAUCAUUGCGAGAGCCUGUUGCUGGCUGGGUUGACAAUUUAAAUGGCCCAACUGGAAUAAUAGCAGCCGCUGGCAAGGGUUUUUUCAGAACAAUGCUGUGUCACGAGAACAAAGUUGCUGAUUUUGUUCCCGUUGAUAUUGUCAUUAAUCUCAUGAUAUGUGCAGCAUGGAAAACAGCAACUCAUCGUACUGACACCAUAACAGUGUACAAUUGCUGUACUGGCCAGCAAAAUCCAAUAACAUGGAAGCAAUUUAUCGAAUUAUCGUUCAAAUACAGUCGAAUACAUCCGGCUAAUGAUGCUGUGUGGUAUCCGGGUGGUAGAUGCCAAAAAUACUCGUUAAUGAACAAAUUAUCUGGUACAUUUCAGCACAUAUUGCCAGCGCACAUUCUUGAUUUUCUCGCUAGAUUGAGGGGCUCGAGGCCCAUGAUGCUACGUGUCCAAGCAAAAUUGAGUAAAGCAGCCAGUUGUCUCGAGUAUUUCACUACACAACAGUGGAAUUUUAGGGAUGACAAUGUUAGGAGACUUGGAGAACAGUUGAGCCCUGAGGAUCGUCAAAUAUUCAUGUUUGACGUCAAACAGAUCGACUGGCCAUCGUAUUUAGAGAAUUAUAUACUUGGAAUACGACACUUUAUUCUCAAAGAGAGCCCGGAUACACUGCCAGCAGCUCGUUCACAUAUUAUGAAAUUAUACUGGAUUCAAAAGACAAUUCAGUUUGGGACAAUACUCCUUGUCCUCCGUGUACUACUCUCCCGCAGUUCCCUAGCCAGAUCAGCGUGGUUUACACUCCUGUCAAUCGUACUCCGUAUGUGUCGUAUGAUUGUUUGACGGCUCAAUGCCCGUUACCCACUGAGAUAUCAUCAUCACGAUAAUAAUAUCGCCCGUAAUGCAAAAACUCAGCCAAUGUGCAUCAUGGAGCUUGUUUUACAAGUGCGAAUUGUUCAGCGAUAUCCACAGCUCAGCCACUCCCGACAAAUAAUUCGCUUUUAUUCGCUCCAAUACGUUUGGCUUUUUCAAUGUUUUUAAUUGAAAAACAUUUUUGUGAAUUAUUAAAAUUUCAUUAACCCAUAGUUACGCCGAUUAACAUGCAAAGUUUGUCGGCAACCGAAUUCAUUGUUUUUUAUAAAUCCUUGACUGUAAUUAAUGAAGAUCAAUACAAUGGAAUUGCUAAAGCCACUUUGCUUCUUCCAAUUAGUUUCAGUUGUCGCUGAUGAAAUACCCGAUGGCCCUUUUAGACAAUUUUUUUUUUUGUAUUGUCUGUAACAGCGAUUCUGGAUUCAUUUUUAUAGUCAAUUUGUGAUAUAAUUCGUAAUGCUGAUGAGGCAGUUCUAGGAAUUACAAUGUUGAAGAGGUGAAAAUUAAUAAUUCGGUGACCGACAUCAACUUUAUUCCAUCUUGUUACCCCUUGUAAGAUACCUAGAUUGACAUUUCUCGAUGCAACUUGACGGGUAUUCGAUACUUUUGCUUGAUCUCGUGCGAAAAUAUUGCGUUGAAAUACCUACAGAAUUGGAUGGAAAUUCUAUUGGUUUUCUGGGGAACUUUCUUUUAGCUUUUCGCUGAUUCUGUUGGAAAUAGUCGCAGUUUAUCUGUGCGUUUUUGCAAUAGAUAUGUUUAAUGGAAAAUAUUCUAUAGGAAAAUACAAAUAGAAUUUGAUUUUUUUAUAGAUUUUUUUGGCUUAAAUU